AUGGAUCAGGGUUCCUUUAUUGACGGCGGUAUUUAUGUUUGGCUACACCAAAACGGCAUUCGACUGGUGGUAAACUGCUGUGAACAGUCGUAUCAACUCGAAGAUUCAUCGAUUGAAGUGGUUCGCCAUAAUGUCACUAACCACGGAAGCCUUUCUAUUUUGGAUCAUGUAAACAAUAUAAACAAGAAGAUCCAAGAUGCAUUGGAUAAGGAUAAGAAUGUUCUUAUUCACUGUACUUUGGGACAAACCAGAUCCUGCUCUUGCGCUAUUUGCUACUUUAUUUGGAGGGAUCGCUGCCCUUAUGAAGAGGCCUACAAACUAGUGGAAAGCCACCGGCCAGAAAUCGAUAUUCCUUACCAGAUGGAGAUCUAUCUGCGUGAAUAUGAAAACCAGCUUCUUCGUGGUUCUGUAAACAAAGACAUCGAUCGAAUCGAUCCAAACUGCCAAAUCGAAAUAGCGACGGAGGAAGAUGUGGACAUGGAAGCACUUACUUCCAAGAUAAAGGAACUAACGAAUGGGGUGAAGUUCUGCGGAGUGGAGAAGCGUGAUGGAUUCUAUGGUGGAGUUAUCGUAGGCGUGAAUGCUUUUGUUCCGGAGUCGAUCCAAACAAACAUCGAAGACACUUUGCAAGAACUAUUCCAAGAGCUGCCUGUUCGCAGCGUGCAUAAAUCGAAAUAG